CCAAACCCAUCCACUUUAUAACAAUAGUUGGACAUUCCUGACCAAGCUCUAGAAUAUUCAGAAACAGAAUUGUCAGUGCCCCUUUUGUUGAGAACAAAAAAAUGGCCGAUAAAAUCAACAAUUCAUGCGAACAUCAACGCCGUCCCCUAUCGUUCCCCGCCGUGCGUCCCUGCGUAUCAACAUCUCCCUCCACCCUCCUCGCCUCCCUCAUCACCCUCGCCCAAAACAUAUGCAACUUCCAUUCCAAUUCCUUUGUUUUUCACCGCAGAAAUGUUAGAGAAACAACGCGCCAGAUCGCGAUUCUCCUCGUGCUCUUCCAAGAACUCCACGACCGUGGUUCAAUCAUCCCUCACUCUAUCCGCCUCUGCUUCUCUGACCUCCACGUCACCUUCCAGAAGAUCCACUUCUUAAUGCAAGACUGCUCCCGCGAAAGCGCGCGCCUCUGGAUGCUAACGAAAUCCCAAUUCAUCGCUACGCAGUUUCGCGUCCUCGUUCGCGAAGUGGCGAUAGUACUAGAUGCAAUACCCGUGUGUUGCAUUGAUAUAAACAAUGAAAUAAAAGAGCUAGUUGAGUUAGUGACCAAGCAGGCCAAUAGAGGCAACCUCCAACUCGACCGAAACGACGAGAAUGAAGCAAAACGACUUCGUUUCCUUCUGGCCCAGCUCGAGAGAGGAAUCGAGCCUGACGUGGACGUAGUGAAAUCAGUACUCAAUUACCUUGAGAUAAAAAGUUGGACAUCUUGUAACAAAGAGAUAAAAUUCCUUGAAGACGAAUUGGAUUUCAAUGAGGAAGAGGUUAGUUUGCUGAAUAGUUUAAUAGGAUUCUUGUGUUACUCUAGAGUUGUCAUAUUUGAAACAAUUGAUUACCAAUCUUCUGGAAUGAAACAAAUUGAAGCAAAGUGCAGCAUGGAGAUGCUAAGCUGUGUAGUACCAGAAGAUUUCCGGUGUCCGAUUUCGCUUGAGAUAAUGACUGAUCCUGUAACCAUAUCAUCUGGCCAGACCUAUAACAGAGCCUCAAUUCAGAAAUGGUUUAAUUCAGGAAACCUAAUAUGUCCCAAAACACGCGAAAAACUUGCCAGCACAGAACUUGUCCCCAACACAGCGCUUAAAAAGCUUAUCCAGAAAUUCUGUUCCGAAAACGGCGUUAUAGUCGUGAAUCCGAUUGAUCAUAAUCAAACAGUAACCAAAACAAGCGACGCAGGCAGCCCCGCCGCAGCACACGCCAUGCAGUUUUUGUCAUGGUUUCUCUCCAGGAGGCUCGUGUUCGGAACCGAGGAACAGAAAACCAAAGCAGCGUACGAGAUUCGUUUGCUGGCGAAGUCCAGCGUUUUCAACAGGGCGUGUUUGGUGGAAAUGGGAACUGUGCCGCCACUUUUGGAUCUUCUCGCCGCAGACGACAGAAACUUGCAAGAGAGCGCAAUCAGUGCUCUGAUGAAGCUCUCGAAGCACACCAGCGGCCAGAAACUCAUAAUUGAGAGCAGAGGCUUGGCGCCGAUUCUCAAAGUUCUCAAAAGAGGGCUCAGCUUAGAAGCGCGCCACGUGGCAGCCGCGGUUAUAUUCUACCUUUCUUCAUCAAAAGAGUACCGAAAACUAAUAGGGGAAAACCCCGAUGUGAUUCCCGCGUUGGUGGAAAUGGUGAAAGAAGAAACAACUUUUGGAAAAAACAAUUCCGUGGUUGCGAUCUUCGGACUUCUCUUGCGUCGGAAAAACCACGCGAUUGUGUUAUCAGCGGGUGCGGUUCCUGUUCUUGUUAAUACGUUAGCUUCUUCGGGUAACGCUAAUCUUGUUACAGAUUCCUUGGCCGUUCUGGUGGCGUUGGCGGAGAGUGUGGAAGGGGCUUAUGCUCUGUUACGAGCAGAGGCGUUGCCUUUGGUGGCUAAGAUUUUGCAAUCUGCUACUUCGCGCUCAGGGAAGGAGUACUGUGCGUCCAUUUUGCUGGCUCUCUGUGUUAAUGUUGGUGCGGAAGUGACCGGUGUUCUGGCCAAGGAGGCUUCGGUUAUGCCUUCGCUGUAUUCGCUUCUGACGGACGGUACUCCUCACGCGGCCAAGAAAGCGCGUGCGCUCAUCAAUGUUAUACUUGAGUUCAGCGACAAGAGGUUUUCUGGAACCGUGGGUUCCUCUGUCUCGCGGCAAAGGUUGGUUAACUUGAACUAGGUAGUGUUUUUUUCUUUUUUUCGCGGUAAAUAUUAUAUCGUUAGUUGGUUUAGGUCCUUUUUACCGAAUUAAUUAUACUUGUGAGAUUAAUUAGCUCCGUGUUUUUUACCCAACGAGCUAGUUUCAAAUACAUGUGUAGUUUUUACA